GUUUAAACGUUUCUAGUUACCCAUUAUUGUCACCUAUUUCUAUUAAGAAGUCGUGUCUUAUCAUUUUACACACCUAUUAUCGUCUCAUAAGCUUAAUUAUUUCAAUUUUUAUUUUUAUUUUAAGUGUUUCAAAAUAUAGUAAGUGUUAAGGAGGGAAUACACGGCAGUAAAACCACCAACUACUGUUGCGUUGCACUUGUAUUCUUCCACACAAAAUGUAAAUUGAUUUAUAAUUUCCUGCCGACAAUCAUAUCAAUCGCGGUGUUAUAAAUGGUUAAUAAUUAUAUCCCACGCUCAACGGUGCUGAUUUUCAUAUAACAACAUGUCGACAAUGGAGAGCGAUGAUGACUAUUAUACUGUUUCGGAGUGUUUAAGUUCAAAAGUUUCUUCGUACGGCUCUUGCACGCCAGUCGCAUCUGAUCAAGAUGACGAAUACGAUAUGGAUACUGUCGUCCGAGAAGUAUUACAAACCAGACGAUUGAUGUUAUCGCCUGUUCGAGGAUGUGUGGAAACUAACGAAUCUAUUUACAGAGAAACACCAAUACAACGAACUGAAACGCCACAGCCUGAAUGUCGCGAUGUCUUGGAACUUAAAGUUCUGGAAUUAUGUCCAGAACUCACGUUGCUCGGAGAGACGAUGGAAGAGGCCAUGAGCUUGCAGGCCGAUCAUGAGACAGUGUUGGAAAAAAUACAGGAAAAGCAGAGUCCCGUCAACGAGUUGCUGAAGAAAGCCGACCAUCUGAUAGCCACGCAAAACACGCAACCCGAGGUGUACGCCGCCAUGGCCGAUUCGCUGGGGCUGGCCUGGAAAGACGUGAACGACGUGCUCCGGAAGAGGAGUUACCUGCUGCACCUGAACGUCGAGUACCACCGGCAAGCCGACGUGUGCAUGGAACGGAUCGGCACGCUAGAAACUCUCUGUCGCAGUUACCUGCCGACCGACGUCGAGUCGAUCAAAAACCAUUUGGAGCACAUCCAAGAGGUCCGUAAGUCCAUACUGGAGGCGCUCGUGGUCGCUUUGGGAAACGGCACGCAGCUGCUGGACGUUCUGAAGGAAUUGCAGACCAAAGGCACGCUGGAUUCGAGGCCGGCGUAUAAUUACAAUUCGGUUUCGCUUGCCAUUUCCCAAGUCGAACAUUGGCUGGAGAAACUUCACGAUAAACGCCAUUCAUUAGACAUCGACUGUCACGAACGCAAGACAAUGCUGGAAAAACGAUUGACGAUAUCUCUUCUAGUCACCGACCUUAAUUUACUCGAAAACAUACUAUCCGAACGUAGAAGUUCUCUGGACAGAACGAAAAAUUGCCUGGGAGAUUCGCAGUAUGAGUGUUCCAAGCUGACGGAAGUUAACGCUAACCUGAUGAUCGAGGCCAAAGACAUCAGAGAUCAGGCACUGAGGGUGGUGAAAGCCACCGAGCAAUUGGUGCUGACAAAAGGUUACAUGGAAGACGAUUACAAAUGCAAGGCGUAUAAACUAUUGGAGUUGGCUACGGAAUACUUGGAAGAGAUCACCAGGAGAGAACAUCUCCUAGACGCCGCUAUGAAAUUUUUCGAAUCGGCCGAGAAAGUACUUCGAGCAUGGGAAACGAUACUUCAACAUUCGUCGGAUGAAAAGUUGGCAACGAAAAACACAUACAUUACGGAGACGGUAAAGCGAACCGGCGCCUCAGUAAUUCAAGAAGGAAACUUAAUACUGAAAGACGUACCUGAAGCAGAGGGUGUAAAACGGGUUGUGGAAGAGUUGGAAAGAAAGAAACAAUUAAUAUUAUCAAUUGUUAUGAAAGACCAGGACAAAUAUUUAGAAUCAUCCGAAGCAAUCAACACGUUUUCCGAAAACUAUAACAAAAUAUUCUCGUGGCUUGUGAGUUCGGCUGAAUCGUUUUUACACGAACACAAUUCCAUGGGCAGAACACUUACGGAAGCUCGAGAGUUUUUAGUAUCCUAUAAAAGUCUACAAAGAGACCUUAGGACCCGAGGGAUCGAUAUCAACGCUUUGGUAAACUCGACUGGUUUGUCACCAUUGACGUACAUUGAUGCCGAGACAAGAGUAGAUCUAGAAGGAAAAUCUAUCGCUUUGAAAGAUCAUUGGACGUAUUUGGACAGAAUAGUAGAUUGGAGGAUACAGUUGGCAGAGCUGUACGUUAAAUUCUUUGCGUUGUACGAGAAUUUGAAUGUUGAAUUUUCGAAUUUGGAUUCGAUUGUCGGUGAUCACGCUGUUGACAUGCCUGAUCAAAAAUCAGAUUUCGCCCAUAAACAUUGGACCAGUAUUUUACAAUUAUAUGUGCAACUGAAAAAUACUGGAGAGAAAUUUUUACACCAAAGUUUAAAGUCGGAGGACGCUCAUCUGGAACUUGACGCGGCACGGGAGCGCGUGCGAUCGCUACUGGAUUCGUCCGCGGACAGGAAAACGAGAACGACUUCCGUCUGGGAGACUUGGCAGCGGGCGUCGGCCGAAAACAAAUUGGACCGGGUGCUUUGGUCGCAAACCAUGUGCGAGAGCAGCAAAACUGUAGACUGGGUUUCCAAAUUGGAAUCUCAAUUAUAUCCAGUCUUGAAAUCCGAACCAUCUUCAGUAGAUCGACAUAUUUCAGAAGUUAAGCAAAAAUUGAAUAACGUUUUACCAGAAGUUCAAAGAGCUCAAGAUGAAAUAGAAUCUAGAAUAAAAACAGCCGAAGAACUCAUUGGAAAAGGAAAUAUUCUAGGUGAUAACGUUUCAAUUCCUCCGAGGUUAAAAGAACUACACAACCGCCUUGUUGGAAUCACUACAGAGUAUCAUACACUGUUAGACAUGUUUUUGUCAUUUUUCAAUUCUUUACAAGAAUUUCAUGAUCGUGUCAAAGAAGCUGAACAAGGAAGGCCUUCUGAUAUCUUUAAUCUCAAGGUGGAUGAAGUUGAAGAGCUUUUGAAAAACCACAACAAAUCUAGACAAACAGUUUUGGACAGUUUUAAAAUUGUUUAUGCCGAAAAUAUUCGUCUAAUGGAUAAAAUCAAGCAACAAGAACCUCUAAAAUCCGGAGAACAAGACAUGUACGUUGUUCGUUAUUUAAUGGAAAACGAGAGAAACCGUUGGGAUCAAUCGUGCGAAUCAUACUGUCAAAAAAUCGAGCAGCAACAACAAUUAAGUCAGUUCGACAAUGACCUUAUUCAGAUCAACAAUAACCUGAACGAUCUUUCACAACAAUUAGCAUCCACACGAGGACAAUAUGGCGCAAAUUUAGCAUCUGCCAAGUCCGCUUCUCUUGCCUUUCAUUAUUUUGAAAAAACUAUAUUACUUUUAGAGCAGCGCAUUGAAACAUUCAUAAACGCAGCAAACUCAUUGAUGAACUUUGAUCAUACUAAGUCUGAACACAUCCGUGACGAAUUAAAUAAGCUGAAAACUAGAUGGGAUACGUUCCAAGCACAAGUGUUCGAGAGUCGUAACCAUAUCGAUCUUUGUGUACAAUAUUUUACAUUAAUAAAUGAAGCUCAAGAAUGGUUCCACGAAGGCAGUAUACUCUUAAUGAACAUUGCUCGAAAAUCUACCGAAGUGAAAACGAGCGAAGAAGCUACCAUACUUUUAAAAGAAAUCGAAAUAUUUCUGAAGCCCGGUGACAUAAAACAAGAAGAACGAUUGAAUCAAAUACACGAGCUCAGUGUUCAACUUUUUGGAGAGCAAGCCAUUGCUGAAGUACCCCAAGUGGUCACAGAAAAUAAAGAGCUUCUCGAUUCAUUUUCUUUGAUUGCGAAAGAACUCAAGUCGUUCGACGAUAAACUCAAAUCUAAAGAAAAUUACGAUGGUCAUAACGAAGUUAAUAAAAUAAUUACUAACACAUAUGAAGAAAUAAUGACAACCACCUCCAUGACUAAUGGUGUAUUAUCGAACGAAGAUAACGUUUCAUCACCGAAGAAAAUAAAAUUUGACGAAAUUGUGAAACCUAAACCUGUAAUUACUGUGCCACUAAAAGAUAACAUUGUUGACGAAGGAAAACAAUUCAAAUUCGAAUGCUGUAUUGAAGGCGAACCUUCAAAAGUAACCUGGUACAAAGAUAAUAUUUCAAUCGAUAAUAAUCCGGACUACCAGACAUCUAAAAUUGAUAAUCGUUAUAUAUUGACGAUCGAAGAAACAUUUGUUGAAGAUUCAGCUCAGUUUACAUGCAGAGCUGAAAACGAAUCAGGGUUCAAUGAGACGAGUGCAUAUUUGUCAAUUAAAGAAUGUGAACCUGAAAAUCAAAUUAGUCCGUCGGUAUUUACAAAAUUAUUAUCAGAUUUGGCAGUACAAGAAGGCGAGGCUAGUUCGUUGUCCUGUAAGGCGGAAGGAAAUCCCCUUCCGACGGUACAGUGGUACAAGGACGAUAUAUGUAUUGAUAAUAAUCCUCAAUAUCAAAUCACGUAUAAUAACGGUGAUGCGUUGUUAAACAUAGAACAUACCAGUACUUCUCUUGGUGGAAAAUAUACUUGUGUAGCAACUAACAGACUUGGUUCCGAUUCCACGUCUUCUAAAUUAUUUGUCAACGCUAUAAAAAAGCCUGAAAAUGGCCCAAAAUUUGUUACACUCUUGUCUAAUGUAAUGGCUAGAGCCGGUCAAAAGUUAAAAUUAGAAUGUGAAGUAGAAACGGAUGAGCCACCGACAUUGAUAUGGUUUCACAACGGGAAGAUUAUGAAAGAAAUAAAAGAUUUCAAGGUUUCCGAAAAUCGCGGGAAAAUCAACUUGAUUAUCCCAGAAGCGUAUCCUAAGGACGCGGGCACUUAUAGUUUAACAAUCAGAACGAAAAACGGCGAAGCGUCGAGCAGCUGCCAGGUGUCGGUGAAAGGUUUACUGCCCAAUGAGACGUCUGAUUCAGAGAUCGCAAGUGACUUGGAGCCGAUAAAACCGUCGAUACAGUUACCUUUAAAAGAUCAAACCGUCCUCGAGGGCGGCAGCGUUAAUUUAAAAUGCAUAAUCGUCGGACAACCCGAACCCGAGGUCAUUUGGUACCACGACGGGAGGCCCGUUAAAGAAUCAAAAGAUAUUCAACUUCUAUUUCAAGGAGAUCAGUGUUCAUUAGUUAUUAAAGAGACGUUUAUCGAUGAUGCGGGAGAAUACAAAGUGGUCGCUAUCAAUUCGGCGGGUGAAGCUAGUAGUACUUGCGUAUUGAACAUUGAAUUUAAACCAGUACCCGAAAUCGAUGAACUAGUGGUUUCGCCAAAGUUCACCAAGCUACUGUCGGACGUGUUAGUAAGAGAGGGUGAUUCUAUCGUGUUAGAGUGCAACGCCGAAGGGUGCCCGAAACCUAUUUUCAAAUGGAUUAGAAACACCGUGGAAAUCGAACCCGACCACAGGAUUACACUGAGUUCGGACGAAAGCGGCACGGCCACACUUCGCAUACAAAGCGCUCUGCCCGUUGAUAAAGGGCAGUAUACCGUAAGAGCCAUAAACAAAGCAGGGGAGGCCAAAUGUUUUUCACACGUCAUCGUGAAAGCUAUUUCGACUUUUGACGCGACAGCUGUGCCCGUCACGGACGAAAUUCAUUUCGAAGAGAAAUUGGAAAAACCGGUAUUCAUAGAGACGUUUUCGGAUGUGGAAGUGUUCGCGGGUGAAAGUGUCAAAUUCGAGUGCAUCGUUGUUGGUAAACCCGCUCCAAAGGUCCGAUGGUUUUUCAACGAGAAACCGGUGAGCGGAAAAUCGUUCCUGGUGUCCACCAGUGGCGAUCGUCAGGUACUCACCAUACCCGAAGCCGAUGUCGUACACAACGGAAGGAUCGAUUGCACUGCCGAAAACGAAGCGGGCAAAUGCAGCUGCGUGUCUUCGCUUAAAAUAAAAGAACGCGAAGUUGUACCGUUUACCAUGGCCAACAACAACGGAGGCGAUAAUAAUACAAGACGCACCGUUUCCGAAGUGUACGAGUCCAGUUCUAAAUUCGAGUCGAAACAGUCGAUGUUUGUGUCAUCGUCGUCGUCAAUCAACGGUAAUAGCGCUCCUAAGUUUAAAUUGGAUUCGUUCAGUUUGCAAUCGGAGAAACAGAGUAAACAAUUUGGAAACAACACUCCGGUGCAGUCCGAAUCGCUACGAACGGAAGAAUAUCAUAAUUUGGACGGGAAAAAAAGCCAACACGUAACCGAUUUGAGUUCCACAAACAUAUCCGAAGAGCAUCAGUCAUCAUUUUUCGAACGAGGCUUGCUCAACCAAGGGCUCGUUAAGGACGAUUCUCAAAAAUCGCUGACCGACAGAAAUAUCACAAAACAUAUCAGAAAGCAAAUGGCGCCGCGUUUUGUUUCAGCUCCGCAAGGGAAAAUGGCGGAGCAAGGGGAAGACGUAUAUUUGGAUGCCAUAAUAGACAGUUAUCCGCCGUCCGAUAUUACGUGGAGUAAAAACGGCAUUGAAUUAAUUUCCGACGGUUAUAAGUUCAACAUCGCCAACGAAGUCAAUAAAUCCCGUUUGGAUGUCAAACGUUUGACUGUAGAAGACGCAGGUCAGUACACGUGUAAGGCCACAAAUGCCGCUGGUGGUACAAGUUGUACGACCGAUAUUAUUGUCAGAAAAAACGUGUUUCCACCAGUCAUGUGCCGGAGACUGUUGCCGAAUACGGUCGCCGAGGGCGAGAGGGUUGUCUUAGAAAUCGAAGUUGCUGGAACCCCGGAACCCACAGUUAGCUGGUUUAAAAAUAACCAACCAUUAGUGUUUCCGUCGAGUGCGUAUCGAUUAAGACAACAAGGGAGUUGCAGUGCGAUUGUGAUUGAAAAAGUUACUAUGGAACACGCUGGAGAGUACAAAGUUGCGGCAAAAAAUGAAGGCGGGGAGGCAGUAAGCUGUGCCGACUUACGAGUGGUCCAGCCCUUGCCCGAUGUAGGACUAAAUAUGUUACCUACGUUCACUCCAAACGAUCACACAGAUAAAGUAAAUGUGGAUUAUUACAAAAGUAUUGUGCCGGGAUAUCAAUCGAAACAGAUGAAUAUUACAAGUAAAACGGAAGAGAAAUCACAUUUUUCCAAAUCUGUCUUUGUCAAAGAAUCAACUAAUAGCAGUAAAGACGUGAUUAUGACAGUUAAUCAUUCAGAAGAAAAUAAUUUCAAUUUAAACUCUAACAAUAUUAAUUCUAAUUACGAAACAAGUGAAAAACAGAUAUUAGUUCAAAAUGAAAACAUAGAAGAUAGUUCGAUAACAAAGAAGAGCGCUCUGCAGUUCUUUAAGAAUGUCAUAGAAGAUAAUAAAACCGAGAAAAAUGUUGAGAAAUCCAGUUAUUCAAACACUGCAUCUCCGACAGUUCCAUAUAAAAUAGAAAGUCCAGUUGAAAAGUUCAAAGACUCGAAAAACUUUUCAUCCGCAGAGACGUAUAAUGUUGAAGAAAACGUAUCGAAUAGCUCGUUUAAACAGUUAAAUGAGUCGGAAGUCAUUUUAGAACCUGGUCCCCCACCCACUUUUGACUACAUGCCAAGAGUACAGACGGUAAAAAAAGAUCAAAUGACCGAGCGGUUGAAAAGACUAUCGACUAAUCAAAAAUUAUUAUCACCCGAACAAAUUCCAUCGGGAGCUGUUAGAAUAUUUCCCGACAUGACUUCCGAAAUAAAACAAGAAGUAAUUGAAGAUACCUGCGUGAAGAAAGAAGUAAUAAAAUCAGGUUUGUCCGACAGCACAUCGAAACAAAAACAUUUAGUCACGUCGUAUGGAUCAUCGGCACACAGUGUACCGCACAGUGUACCGUAUAGUGCACCGCAUAGUGUACCGCAUAGUGCACAUCACGGUGAAACACAUGUUCCAUUGUUAAGACCGCAAGCUAACAUAGAAGUGCGACCAGGUUCCCCAAGACCGUCUGCAGAAGCAAUAUCCAUGGAAAAACUCUGGUCCAAAGCGCAUUCUCAACACGUGCAAAAAACUCCGGUAUCGCCAUCGCCUGUUCAGACUAAAACGUAUUCGUCGUCCGAAAGCCAAUCAUUUGUUUCCGAAACCAUAGAAAAAAAUGGUGAACUGAUAAAAAAUGAGAGCAGAGAAGAUAAACAAGGUAGUCUAAAAAUAGACGAUGGUGUUAAAAAAAUAUCUGAGUCGUUUGCUGAAAUAUCGGUUGGUCCGACUAGACACGUUGAACCACCUCGAUAUGAAAUCAAGCGGCCAAACUCGACUAAUGUUUUCGCCGCGGUCGCGUCUAAAAAUUUAUCCUCAGGCAGUGCAAAUCAAACGCAACAUUUUUCUGAAGAGUUGUCGCAAGUCAAAACAAGCUCAAUGUAUGAAAUACAGUCAAAUACAUCUGAGAGCUUAGAAAAAAAUAGUUUUUUGAUAAAACCCGAACGUAAGUUGAACGGUAAUCAAAUUUUAGACAAAAAUGUCCAAAAAACGGCUCAAAUCUUACCAGAGUGCCCGAUAGGCUUAAUAAAACACGUAGAACCUCCAAAAAGUUCAAAAAUUUUGUCUAAUAAUUUCACUCGGUCACACAUCGAUGACGCUGCCAAAGAGAAACAGUGGAGAUCACAAUCGCCAGUCGUUUUAAAAUCAUCACCGCAAAUUAAAACGUACUCGUCGUUCGAAGCUCAUUCAAGCUUUUCAAAAAGUUUGGAAAAAGACGGAGUAUUGGUGGCAUCUGAACACAAGGAAGAAGGCGGUCGAGUGAUAGACGACGGUAAUCAAAAAGUAUACGAUACAUUUUCAGAAUGCUCAAAACUACCAACGAAGAUCGCAGAUCUUUCGAAAAAUACUAAUAAGUCGAAUUCUAUAAAAACCAUGCAAAAAAUGUUCGAGCAAACUGGAUCGUCAUCGUCAACUGUGCCCAACGUAGCUUCACACGCGAGACCUUAUAGCAGAAUGAAAUCUCGAGCGAGCGACAGUGACUUUGAAAGCGAGGCGGAAUUAUCGAAGUACAACGUGGAACAAAAAGUGUCGGAAAGUUUCAGUAGUUUCGAAACGAAAGUGUACUCUUCUAAAACUCAGCUACAAGAAGUAAAAAGUACUUCGAUGAUAAUGCAAAGUCCGGUCAAGGAAAGCGGCUACGCAGCAGACACGGACGAGCCAAGAGGCUUUCAGAAUGACGCGAUUGCAAAUAAUAAUCAAACAUUUAAUUCCAAGAGAAACUUGGGAUCACAGAGCUCCUUAAUUAAGAAGGUCGAUGCGUUUGAAAACGAUCGUCGACAAUACCGUCAAAACGGGCAGUGGAUGAACCAGAAUAACAUACAACAGCAACAGCAACAGUAUCAGCAACAGCAAAACUAUAGGAGUAACCAAAUUCGUAGUCCUCUGAAGUUCGUGAAAGGAGAGUUCCGCGAGAGCGACUACGAGAGCGACUACGAGUGCAGGAUUCAGCCGAUCUGGCGUCCCUACGACUCGGAGUCCGAAGAACCCGUUUAUAAGCCUGUUCGACCCGGAUUCAGGACACCCGGAAAACAGCAAGCGAACGUCGUGCAACGACAUGCACCCACUCAAUCGAGACCCGUGACGGUCAGUGGGCCAACGAUGGCGGCGGCAGCUCCGUUUGAGCUGAAGCCCGGCUCGCCUCCCCAGAUCGGUUUCGCGCCCUCGCCGGACACGCACCGGUCUGUAAGUUUCGUGGAGUCCGAAAAGACCACGGACAGCGUGCAAAGAACUACGCAUUUCUUAUCGUCCGGCGUCGGUGGUGGUGGUCAGACGGACCAAGGGACACUGGAGCGCAGGGCCGAGGCGAAGCGUUUGCAGCGAGUCGACGAGAUGAGAAAGAGAUUCGAGCAAAGACCGCAGCUGGUCCCUGCGGAAUCGGACUUUUCGGUCCAAACGGCCUCUUCGCAGUUCUCGGCGCAAGGUACUAACCAAACCGAUAAAUCCCAAAUCGGGAUCCCGUAUUUCAAACAUGAUUUCGGUUAUGAAUUCGGUGUAGCGUAUCCCGUGAAAACGACUUUCCACGAUAAAACGGCGAACCCGGCGGAUAGCGUUAGCAUACCAGUGACGCACGAGUUUUCCAAACCCGCGGUUCAUCAGGCAUUCGAAGUGUCUGAGUAUAACACUUGCCGGGAACAUUAUAAGAAUACUGCAGAUGGCUCCGUUGUUAGCCCCGUUUACCAAAAAGAAUUGAAUGCCGUCGAACACUCAGAUUCUCCACUUAGUACACCGUUCUUCGUCACCCCGUUAAAAGACAUAGCCGUAGUGAGCGGCAAGACCGCCAGAUUCGAGUGCAUAGCGGAAGGCGAACCCAUCAGCGACGUGACGUGGUCGUGCGACGGCCGCGUACUGGACGACUCGGACUGCUACCGGAUCCAGUACAGGAACGGCGUGUGCAGACUGACCAUACCCAGGGCGUAUAAGUUUAACGCCGGCUCGUACGUGUGCACGGUGUCCAACCACCUGGGCUCCAGUAGCACUUCGGCCAAUCUCCAUGUGUCAGAUGACGAAUCGAUGACAAUUAACCCUUACGCAGGAUAUCCGGUCAACGAUGUUAUAGUGGAGUAUAGUCCUAGCGAAUACUAUAUUCACGAAGGCUUCGUCGUACAACAGUCCAUUCCGAGAUUCGGAAAUGACGCUGCUCCGCCAGUUUUCGAACAGAUAUUCAAAAACGCCAGAUUCGCCCAAGGUGGAAAUGCCGUUUUUGAAGGAAAGGUCACAGGUAUUCCAAAACCUUUCGUUUCGUGGACCAGGAAAGGUGCUCCAUUACUGGAGUCGAACAAAUACAAGAUGACGUACGAUCAACAAACAGGGAAUGUUGUUCUUACGAUCAAUCAAAUCGGUCCAGGAGACGAAGGCGAAUAUACUUGUUCGGCACGUAAUCAGUACGGCGAAGCUAUUUGUUCGGUUUUCAUUCAACCAGAAGGUCAUACCGUUCAAAUACCGCAAGGCACGUAUGGUUCGCAGCGAGUACAACAAACACAGAACACUCUGUACACAAAUAAUUAUUCUAACAUCGAAGAGGACUUUAAAGUCGAUACUUUUGAAUACCGUUUACUCCGCGAAGUAUCCUUCAGGCAGUCCGUCACCAAAAGAUACUUAGGUGAAGAGGAUGUCAAGUUCACUAGCAGCGCGCAUCAAGGUCCUGUCGUGGCACCUCAAGUGCUCCAGAAACCACGCAACUCAAAGUUAGUGGAAGGAUCGAACGCGACAUUUAAUGUAAAAGUGUCAACAGCUAAGGAUACCAGGUUGACUUGGUUCAAGAACGGUCAAAGACUUGUAAACGGACCAAAGCACCAGAUUAAUUUCACAAACCAGGUCGCCACACUUCAUAUACCGCAAGUUCGUUGCGAGGAUUCCGGACAUUACACUCUGCUCGUGGAAAAUCCACAAGGUUGUGUUGUUUCGUCUGCAUUCCUUGCCGUCGAACAAUCACCAAUAGCGUACGACAGGACAGAAGAUAAAGAAAAUGUUAUCACUAAGACUCACAAUAAACUCGAAUCGAUAGAAGUUGUCGAAGGCAAAAUGUUAGCGCCAAACUUUGUGCGUGUUUGUGGCGACCGCGACGUGAUCGAAGGGAAAAUGACUCGUUUUGAUGUUCGUGUUACCGGCAAACCGUACCCAGAAGUAUCUUGGUACAUCAAUGGUCAACAAAUCAAGGACGACUUCUCGCAUAAGAUAUUGGUCAACGAAUCCGGUGACCACGGUUUGAUGAUAACUAACGUAUCGCAAGCGGACGCGGGUCAGGUGGUCUGUGUCGCUAGAAGUAAAUCUGGAGAAACUUCUUUCCAAUGCAAUUUGGGUGUAAUAGAAAAAGAACUAGUAGUUUCUCCGAAAUUCGUACAACGCUUCACGCCUUUAAACGUGAACGAAGGAGAAACCGUUACGUUGAGCGUUAGGGCCGUAGGAACUCCAAUACCGAGAAUCACAUGGCAAAAAGACGGUGUAAAUGUAAGCGAACAACCGGGAAUGGUAUCCGUGUGGACCGAAGGAGGUGGUUCGGUAUUAGAAAUCGCGCGGGUUUCGCCGACGGAUGCUGGUUGGUACCAAUGUACUGCUCAAAAUACGGCUGGCUCAACAGCCACCAGAGCUCGCCUGAAUGUUAUACGCAAACCACGUCCAGAAGACUUUGCCGAAGACCGACGUCUCAGGCUGCCAAAACCGACCAGAGUUAUCGAACCAGAGCCUGAGCCAGAGCCAGAAGUAGUAUUCUUAAAGCACGUCGAAAGAGCGAAAUAUAAGACUCCUCGAUCGGAAGAAGAAAAAAUUUAUCCGCCGCCACGAUUCAUUGUUCCUCUGAAGAACAUUUCUCAACAAGAAGACGGCCGGAUUCACUUUGAGGCCAGAAUCGAACCUAUUGGAGAUCCAACAAUGAUAUCCGAAUGGUUUGUAAAUGGAUACCCGUUACAAGCAAGUUCUAGAGCUAUGACUUUGUUGAACUACGGAUUUAUAGCGUUAGAUUUGUUGAGCAUUCUGCCAUCAGAUGCUGGGGAAUACACAUGCCGAGUUACUAGCAGCUCGGGAACUGCUCAAUCUUCAGCAAUCCUCACUGUCGAAGGUAAAGAUGAAAUUGACAAAUCAAGUCAAUAUCCAGAUAGUUUGAAAUAUAUUGAAAAACUGGAAGACUAUUCUAAAUAUCAACGUAGUGACAGUUAUGACGAAGUUCAACCAUUACCACCCACUUUUGUCAGAACUCUACAUGAUAUGGGUGAUUUACAAGAAGGUAGAAAUGCCCAUUUUGAAGCCCAGCUCAAUCCUGUCAGUGAUCCAACGAUGAAAGUAGAAUGGUACAAGGAUGGAAAACCAAUUACAGCAAGUUCUAGGAUUACAACAAUUUUCAAUUUUGGAUAUGUUUCAUUAAAUAUCAUGCAUCUUCGUACAGAGGACAGCGGUGAAUAUACUUUACGAGCAAUCAAUCGAUGGGGAGAAAUUAUUAGCACGUCUACAUUAAAUGUUAUCGCUUUUAACAGUAUAACAGGUGAUUUAGGCUACCCAGAACAGCAAAGGUAUAUUGAACAAACGGAAGCGUUAGAACAGUCUUAUCAACAAAAUAAGAACCAGGAAUACAAAAUUAGUGCCCCUGAAAGUAUCGCACCACCGCAAUUCAAAACGCCAAUUAAGGACCAACAUAACAUUAAAGAAGGUGGAUUUGCUCAUUUUGAAGCAAGGUUAGAACCAUUAGGCGACUCAACCCUUCAAGUAGAAUGGUUAAAGGACGGUAAACCAGUUGAAGCUAGUUCAAGAAUGACUGUCUUCUUUAAUUUUGGUUACGUUGCGUUGACAAUUAAGUAUGUUACUGCCUUUGAUAUCGGAACGUACACUUGCAGAGCUUUCAACAAUUUAGGAGAUGCUUCGACAUCCGCCACAUUAACUGUUCUCACUAGAAAAGACGUAGUACAAGAUAGCCAACACCCAGGUGGUCUUGAAAAAUUCCAAUAUUUGGAAGAUUCGAGAAAAAAUAAGCGUAAGGCAGAAGAAGAAACUGUUGUCACGCAGAAACCUAGAUUCCUUGGACCAUUAAAAGGAACAAAUAAAAUUGCCGAAGGUCAAAGGGCUCAUUUUGAAGUACGAGUAGAACCUCAGAAUGAUGUGACAAUGAAGAUUGAAUGGUAUUUCAACGGACGAGUAUUAAUGAGCGCUAACAGAAUUCAAACUUACCACGAUUUCGGCUAUGUGGCUUUAGAUAUUAUCGGUGUAAGGGCUGAAGACAGUGGAACUUAUGUUGUUGUAGCAAGGAAUGCCUUAGGAGAGGCACAAUUGUCAGCUACGAUGCAAGUUGAAGUUCGCGCAAGUAUCGAUACGUCUACCAUGCACCGCGGAGUAGUCGAAAAGGCCCCGUAUCUUGAAUCUAAAAAAUUCAUUGAGCCCCAAUAUGAUAUCGAAGAGAUUUCCAAGUCAAAACCCAUAUUUACACAACCGUUAAGUGACCCAGCACCGGUAAACGAGGGUAAGAAUAUACACUUGGAAUGUCGUCUUGAGCCUAUGGGUGAUCCUACAAUGAGAGUCGAAUGGUUCCAAAAUGGAAAACCCGUUACCGUUGGUUCGAGGUUCCGUACAUACUAUGACUUUGGAUACGUCGCUUUGGAUAUCAUACACGUGACGUCCAUUGAUUCCGGUGAAUACACAGUUAGAGCAACGAACCAUUUAGGAUCAGCUCAUACAUCAGCCUGUGUCAACAUAAUAUGUCGAUCGGGCAUUCUAACCGAAAGUCAAAAUGAAUACGCGUUGGAGCAGAUACAAAUGUUAGAAGACGCUUCGAGAUAUCAAAAAAUGACUAUUGACGAAGAAAGUAUCAUGCAAGCACCUCAGUUCACAAAACCAUUGCACAAUAUUCAAACGUCGGAAGGUACAAACGUACAUCUGGAAUGCAGGUUGAAACCAGUCGGAGAUUGGACUAUGAAAAUAGAUUGGCUUGUAAACGGACAUCCGGUGAAAACAGGCCAUAGAUUCCGUCCAGCCUAUGAUUUCGAUUAUGUAGCAUUGGACUUGUUGAGUGUGUAUCCGGAAGACUCCGGUGUGUACACGUGUCAAGCUAGAAACGAAAUGGGCGAAGCCGUUACUUCCAGUUCAGUUAAAGUGAUAGCUAAAAAAGAUUUAAUAUUGGACUCUCAACAUCCACAUGGCUUAGAAAAAAUACAGUACCUAGAGGAUUCGGCUAGGUACAAGAAAGCUGAAAUGAUUGAAGAAGUCGUGAAAAUAAAACCUCGUUUUUUGACUAAGCCAAAGAACGUGGAGAAUUUGAAAGAAGGACAACACGCUCACUUUGAAUGCAAAUUAGAACCAGUUACUGAUUCAAAUCUACAAGUCGAAUGGUUUAAAAACGGAAAACCAAUUAUAAUCGGUCAUCGCUUUAGGCCUAUCCACGAUUUUGGAUAUGUAGCUUUAGACAUCAUAGACGUCAUCGAAGAAGACACUGGAACUUAUACGUGCCGUGCUGUUAACUUACUCGGUGUUGACGAAACUAAUUGCCACCUUACUUGCAGAAGUUCGUCGGCUAUCAUAACAGAAACUCAAAAUGAAAUGGGUCUUGAACAAAUUCAGUAUCUUGAAGAAAAAACAAGAUACAACCGAAGAGAAGACGUGGAGGAAACUACCACGCAGGCCCCGAUUUUCACUACUUCAUUGAAACAUUGCGAUAUCAAAGAAGGACAACGCGCUCAUUUUGAAUGUAGAUUAAUACCCGUAUCGGAUAAUACAAUGAAAGUCGAAUGGUUCCAUAAUAAUGUUCCAAUUAAAUUUGGAUCUCGAUUCACUGAAACCAAUAACUUCGGAUUCGUUGCAUUAGACAUUCUUCAAUGUUUGCCUGAAGAUUCUGGUACAUACACUUGUCGGGCUACUAAUUGGUUAGGACAAUCUAUUACAUCUGGAAAUCUAAACGUUCACUCGAGAAAAUCAAUUUAUUUGGAAUCUCAACAUGAAGACGCAUUAGGCCGGUUAGCUCAGCUUGAAAACACAAACCGUUAUCAACGUCAGUCAAUUAUUGAGGAUACUGUGACUCAAGCUCCAGUUUUUACACAACCAAUGAGAGAUAUUACAACGAUUGAAAGUCAAGCAGCUCACUUUGAAGCUCGAUUGAUUCCAGUUGGUGAUGAUAAAUUAAAAGUGGAAUGGUUACGGAAUGGAAUUCCUAUUCAAGCAUCUAACCGUGUGUCAACAAUGCAUGACUUUGGUUACGUUGCUCUGAAUCUUAAAUAUGUCUAUCCUGAGGAUUCCGGUACUUACACAUGCAGAGCAAUUAAUGAAUUAGGACAAGCAGUUACAUCAGCUACACUUAACGUGCAAUCUAAAGCUUCUUUGCAAUUGGAAAGUCAACAUGAAGCUGCAUUAGAAAAGUUAAGACAGCUUGAAGAUUCUAGUAGAUACAAAAGAGUAGAAGAAAAAGAAGUGGAAGUCACUGAAGCACCAAAGUUUAUUGUUCCAUUAAAUGGAACUGAAAAUCUAAUUGAAGGUCAAAGUGCCCAUUAUGAAUGUCGUAUAGAGCCUUAUCCUGACCACACGUUAAAAUUAGAAUGGUUACACAAUGGUAAACCAUUACAGACAGGACAUAGAUUUAGAACAACUUACGAUUUUGGUUUCGCAUCGCUCGACGUAUUAUCUGCUUUGCCAGAAGAUUCUGGAGAGUACACUUGUAGAGCAAUUAAUAAACUUGGUAGAGCUGAGUCUUCCGUUAAGUUAGGAGUUCAAUCACGAGCAUCGAUUAUUAGUGAAACUCAACAUCAAGGAGCAUUGAAUAAAAUACAGUACUUAGAAGACGACUCUAGGUUUAAGCGAGCACAAGCUGAAGAUAUUCUCGUGACAGAGAAACCCCAAUUCGGACGACCUUUAAAAAAUGUAGAACACCUACCAGAGGGUCGCAGUGUCCAUCUUGAAGCUACAUUAAUCCCAGUAAACGAUCCGACGAUGAAAGUAGAAUGGUAUAGAAAUGGAGUACCAAUUCCUCAGGGUCACAGGUUUAAGACCACGUACGACUUUGGAUUCGUCGCUUUGGAUGUGCUUUAUGCUUAUCCUGAAGAUUCAGGUACAUACAUGUGCAAAGCUAAAAAUGCAGCCGGAGAAGCAGUCACAACAUGCAUAGUAACAGUUGAUUCAAAAUCCGGUCUACAAUUGGACACAUUGGACGAAGAUAGAUUGAAAAAGAUUAAAGAACUUGAAGCGUAUGAAAGACCUAUGGCUAGAGAAGCUGAGGCUGAAAUUCAAAAACCAGUUUUCCUUACACCACUUAAUAGUCUUGAGUCAGUGAAAGAAGGAGAGCACGCUCAUUUAGAAACCCGAAUUGAGCCAAUAAAUGACGCAGAUUUGAAAAUUGAAUGGUUCGUCAACGGAGUAGCAAUUAAAACGGGUCAUCGUUUUAAGACUACACAUGAUUUUGGAUACGUUGCUCUGGAUAUUCUAUACGCUUACGCUGAAGAUUCCGGCACAUACAUGUGCAAAGCAACUAACAAAAAGGGAGAAGCAGUAAAUACUUGUCAAAUUAACGUUGCAUCUCGUAGAAGUAUCUAUUUGGAAACUCAACAUCCUGAUGGUUUGGAGAAAAUUAGAGUACUUGAAUCGCAAGGCCGUCCGGCGAAACUUGAAAUUGACGAGCCUACACCAACAGCUCCAACAUUGACGGAACUUUGGGGCACUACUGAGGUAGCUGAAGGAAAAACAGCCCACUUUGAGUGCCAAGUAAAACCCGUGCACGAUUCUAAAUUGAAAGUUGAGUUCUUCCACAACGACAAACCACUUGGAUCUGCUUCUCGUUUCCAUACAACAUAUGAUUUUGGUUAUAUAUCCUUAGACAUUGGCCAUGUUGUUCCCGAAGACGCUGGAAAAUAUACUGUUAAAGCUACUAACGACUUGGGUCAAGCUACUUCGAGUAUUAAUUUAAUGGUUCAAGGAGCUGGAAGUAUCAUUCUUGAUUCUCAAAGACCCGAAGGGUUAGAAAAAAUAAAAGAACUAGAAAUGGCUGUACCUUUCAAACGUGCAGACUAUGCAGAACCCAUAUCAAAACAAAGACCAAUGUUCACGCAACCAUUACAAAAUGUGGAUAGUAUUAAUGAGGGCCAAACAGCUCAUUUUGAAUGCCGUCUCAUACCUAUUGGUGAUUCGUCGAUGACAGUUGAAUGGUUUAGAAAUGAAAAACCACUAGAAACAAGUUCGAGGAUCACAAAAACAUACGAUUUUGGAUAUAUUUCUCUAGAUAUUUCUCAUGUUAGAGAUGAAGAUAAUGGUGUGUACAGUUGCAAAGCUACAAACGUUCUCGGAGAAGCGGUAACAACAGCUUCUAUGAAAGUUAGAACAAAAUCUGAUAUUCAGUUAGAGAGUCAACAUCCAGAAGGUCUCAAAAAAAUAGUCGAAUUAGAACGUGGUCAUGAACCGUUAAAGAGAGAAGAAGUAGAAAGAUUAUUUGAGAAGCCAAUUUUCACACAACUUCUCACAGGCCCUUCAGAACUAAUUGAAGGUCAACAUGCUCAUUUUGAAUGUAGAGUUGUACCAGUAGGUGACCCAACAUUGCGUUUUGAGUGGUAUGUUAACGGAGUUGAAUUGAAAAUGGGCUCAAGGUUCCACGUAACCAAUGAUUUCGGUUUUGUAACUUUGGAUAUCAGCUCUACUGUCGCAGAAGAUUCUGGUGUUUAUACAUGCAAAGCAAUUAAUAGAGCUGGAGAAGCUGUUUCUUCUACUUCAAUGAAAAUAAAGCACCGUUCAUCAAUUGUUCACGAACCAUUACAACCUGACGCUUGGGAAAAAAUUCAGCUCAAAGAAGCCGAGAUGAAUAGAGUUCCUGAAAUGUUCAUCGACACAAGACCACAACAAGCACCAGUUUUUACUUCUCAUUUACAAAAUCAAGAUAAUUUAUCUGAAGGUCAGCAUGUCCAUUUGGAAGCUCAAGUAGAACCCAGAGCAGAUCCAAAUCUUCGAAUAGAAUGGUUCAAAAAUGGAAUCUCGUUAACCACUGGUUCGAGAAUUCGUAGUACAUUUGAUUUUGGUUUGGUAACACUUGCAAUAAACAGUUUGAGACCUGAUGAUUCAGCCAUUUAUACUUGUAAAGCUACGAAUCUUUUGGGUGAAGCUGUUUCAACUUGUACGCUCAAAAUAUCGGAUAGCCAUUGGUUAUUAAGCAAUACUUUACAUCCUGAAUCCCUUUCCAAAAUUGAAGACUUAGAAAAACCACAUGCCGGACAAGUAGAAGGCCCAGAACCUAUUUUUGAAAGUCCCGUAUUUAUAUCCCAUCUUAAUAAUUGGGAGUGUAAAGAAGGAAGUGACGUUCAUUUUGAAUGUCAAGUAGAACCUUCGAAAGAUCCAACGUUGAAAAUUGAUUGGUUUGUAAAUGGAAAACCACUUCAUAGCGCUUCGAGAUUCAAGUCCGCAUAUGAUUUUGGAUUUGUCACACUAGAUUUACAUCACGCAUAUUCAGAAGAUUCUGGAAUAUAUACAUGUAGAGCCAGCAAUAGCAAAGGACAGGCGGUAACAACUGGAACGCUAAAAUGUACAGGACUCCAAGGCAUACAUUUAGACACACAACAUCCACAAGGCAAAACUGGAUUAGAACAAGUACAAAAAGUUGAAGAUAAUCUCGCUUCUAAGUAUCAACGUCAGACGUCUUUGCCUGAAGCUUCUUUCCCAAAACCAAUCUUUGUUGUUCCUUUGGAACCAGAGUUUAUACUAGCUGAAAGUAAACCAUUGCACUUGGAGGCACAGGUUGAACCUAAGAACGACCCUAAUUUAAAAAUUGAUUGGUACUUCAACGGAAAAGUGCUUGAUUUAGGUUCUCGCUUCAAAACAAAUAAUGAUUUUGGUUAUAUUACAUUGGAUUUAUCUGAUGUGUAUGAAAGAGAUCAAGGAGUAUACACUUGUAAGGCCUAUAACCAUUCUGGAGAAACCUAUACAUCGACAACGGUGUAUUGCAGCAGCAACAAAAGUUUAGUCGAACAUACUCAACAUCCUAAGGGGGAAGAAGGCUUGGAAAAAAUUCAAAGCUUAGAAGAAUCUUUACAAAAACAAAAACAAGGGGUAACCGAUCAGGAGACUGGACAUGCGCCCGUUUUUACAUCACAAUUCAAAGACCUUGGAUUCUUAAGCGAAGGCGAGAUUGCUCAUUAUGAAGCUUCUUUAACUCCUGUUGGUGAUCAGAAAAUGAUUGUAGAGUGGUUCUACAAUGGAAAAGUCAUUGAAGCUAGUCACCGGAUCCGUACAAUCUAUGCUUUUGGAAUGGUGGUGCUCGAAAUCCUUGGUACUAAAAUAUCUGAUACUGGAACUUACACGUGUAAAGCAACUAACGAUUAUGGGUCUGCGGAAUCCAGUGUCACCCUAGAAUGUAUAGAAAGAAUAAGUGGUCAAAAACCAAAGUUCACUUCUCAAAUUCAGAGCCUCGUUGGCCUAAAAGACGGAGACUCUGCGCAUUUCGAAUGUACAUUAAUACCAGUAAACGAUCCCGAUCUAAAGGUAGAAUGGUUCCAUAAUGGUAAACCAUUACUACAUAAGAAUCGCGUUAAAAUGAUAAGCGAUUUUGGCUUUGUCGUUAUGGAUAUAGCUUAUAUACAAAAUCAUGAUUCUGGAGAAUACGUGUGUAAAGCAAGCAACAAGUAUGGUGAGGAUAUAACUAAGGCUUCUAUUCAAUAUUCGGGAAAAGGAGGAGUUUAUUUAGAUUCGUUACAGCCUACUUCUUUGGCUAGAAUCCGUGAAUUAGAAAACGCUACAGGACAAAACGUUGGAGUUCUUUCAAGUCCAGUGUUAGAAGCUCCCAAAUUUACUAGUCAACUGAUGGACAUAACAAAUUUGAAAGAAGGCCAAAGUGCUCACUUUGAAGCUCACGUAACACCGGUGAACGAUCCAAAUCUUGUUGUUGAAUGGUAUUUCAACGGUCAAAAACUACAGCACGGUCAUCGUUUUAGAACUUUCCACGAUUUUGGCAUAGUAAUAUUGGAUAUUCUAUAUUGUUAUGAGGAAAAUUCGGGUGUUUACGAAUGCAGAGCGUUUAAUAAAGCUGGAACUGAUACCACGAAAGCAACUCUUCGUUGUACUUCCAAAACCAAUUUGAUUUUAGAUUCUCAACUUCCCCGAGGAAUGGAAGGAGGAUUAGAAAAAAUACAAACUCUUGAAGAUUUAACGAUGAGAGUUCGAGAUGAAAAAGUAUCCGUGGAAAAUCGCCAAGCUCCAAUAUUCACAGAACCUUUAUCGAACAUUGACAGUCUACGAGAAGGUGAAAGUGCUCAUUUUGAAGGCCGCUUGACACCUAUUGAUGAUCCCAACUUAAAGGUGGAAUGGUUUUGGAACGGAAAACCGUUAAAAGCUGGUUCUAGGUUCCGAACUUUUUGUGAGUUCGGAUUUGUUAUAUUGGAAAUAUCCCCUGUUUAUCCGGAAGAUUCUGGCGAAUAUUCGUGCCGAGCAUCCAACCAUUAUGGUGAAGCUGUAACUACGGCCAGUAUGAAAGUCCAAGGAAAGAGAAGCAUAAUUAUAGAAUCUCAGCUCCCGAAAGGCAUGGAAAGUACGAUUGACAAAAUUGCAGAACUUGAAGGUCUCGGUCAAUCAAGGGCAACUAUUGAAACUGAAGACGAAUUGGGAAAAGCACCAGAGUUUAUUACGACUCCAGCAGAUCUUAGUUUGUCAGAAAAUUCAUUGGCUCAUUUUGAAUGCAGACUUAUACCAUCGAAUGAUGCGAGCAUGGUAGUAACUUGGUUCCACAAUGGCAAAGUAUUAUCGGCCGGAUCACGCAUAAAAACUAUCAAUGAUUUUGGAUUUGUUAUUCUUGAAGUUGCUGGGGUUUAUAUUAGAGAUUCCGGUCUAUACACUUGCAAGGCUACUAAUAAACACGGAGAAGCAACAGUUACUUGUAAAUUACAAGUGAAGGGCCGACAAGGUAUAGUUUUAGAACCUCAGUUACCCAACAAAUUCAGAACAGGUACAGAAAGUAUUCAAAAGCUCGAAGAGAAUAUGUACAAAAAGGAAGAAAUAUUACCCGAUGAUGAAAAACCAAAUCCUCCUAAAUUCACUGUUGAAUUAAAAGAUGCAUUGGAUGUUCAAGAAGCCAAAUCAGUUCAUUUUGAAUGUAGAGUGGAACCUGUCAAUGAUCCAACAUUACGAAUCGAUUGGUUUUUCAAUGGUAAACCAUUCGCUACUGGUUCACGUGUACAUGUGAUAAACGACUUUGGAUUUAUCUCUUUGGAUAUGGAUUACGUUUACUCUCGAGAUUCUGGAGAAUAUAUAUGCAGAGCAACGAACAAAUGGGGCACAGCCUUUACAAAAGCAAAAUUGACAUGCACUGCCAAACAAAACGUUAUUUUGGAAUCACAGCUGCCGGAAGGGAUGAGUGGAGAAAAAUUAAAAGCGUUAGAACAAGGACCAAUUCAAGAAAAAGAAAUUAAAGACGAAAUUGAAGCAAUACCUCCCCGAUUUUUGUCUCAGAUUGAAUCAGCAACAGUGGAAGAAGCUAGUUCAGUACACUUUGAAACUAGAGUUGAGCCUAAAAAUGAUCCGAAACUAAGAGUCGAGUGGUAUAGAAAUGGAAAAUUAUUACCUUCGGGACAUAGAUACAAGGCUUUAUUCGAUUUGGGUUUCGUAUCCUUAGACAUAUUGUCAAUGUACGCCGAAGACUCGGGUGAAUACAUCUGUAGGGCUGUUAAUAAUCAUGGUGAAGCGAUUACUAAAGCUAUGGUUACCUGUAAACAACUUCCAACAAUUUUACUCCAAAACCAAGUACCGAAAGGUAUGAAGAAGUCAGAAGCAUUAACUCAAAUGGAAGCAGCUAUUAAAAAAUAUACAUCUGAGAUUCAUUUAACCGAAGAUGACUUGUAUGAACCCGAAAAGAAUCAACCACCAAGAUUUGUUACUCAAAUUCAAGAUCAAUUAACAUUGGUUGAAAUGGAAUCCACCAAAUUCGAGUGUCAAUUAGCUCCUGUUGGUGAUCCAAAUAUGAAAGUCGAAUGGUUCUUAAAUGGCAAACCUUUAAGACAUAAGAAUCGAUUCAAUCCCAUUUAUGACUUUGGAUAUGUCGCCAUGAAUUUCGGUUGGAUUUAUCCAGAAGAUAGCGGCGUUUAUGUUUGUAGAGCUACCAACUUGUAUGGUCAAGACGAAACAAGAGCGACUAUCAAAACAUCUGGUAAACCGGGUAUCAUUUAUGACUCUCAACUUCCUAAGGGAAUGAAGAGUAUUGAAAAAAUAAGAGAAAUGGAAGCAUCGUGGCAAGUAACACCUGAAAUGAAAGAAGAAGAAGAAGCGCGCAGAGAACCACCUCAGUUUGUAAGCAAACCGGAACCUGUCACUGUGUGUGAAGGAGAAUGGGCUAGGUUCUGUUGUAGAGUCACCGGUUUCCCGAGACCCAGGGUAAUGUGGUUGGUCAAUGGAAACACUGUAGUCAACGGAAUGAGGUACAAAUUGAAUUACGACGGAAUGUGGCAUCUUGAUAUACCGAAAACGAGGCAGUAUGAUCACGGCAAAGUAGAAGUUAUCGCUAGAAAUGUGUGUGGAGAAUCUCGCGUGGAAACAAUGCUGAUAGUGAAUUCAAGGCAUGACGAUUAUAGAGGAGUUUUAAAGAACUCGCCGAGACCGUGGUACGACAGUGAUUUGGUACAAUAUCAAAGGGAUCUUCAAGAGAAUGAACUUGAAAAGGUGUUCACGGAAAGAGCGACAACUACCCAGCAACCUGAUUAUAGUGGUAUGGUUAUAUCAGCAGUCGGUGAACAUAUGAAACAAAAACAAGUAACUAAAGAAAAACCAGAAUGGACCGAAACUGUUCGACAAAAGAAAAAUGAAGAUUAUUACAGUAAAUUGAGUAAAUUGGAAGGCAAUCAAGUGAUAAAAGAAGCAAGAAACCGAGAAGCUUCUCAUCAAAUAUCAUUAGCUGGUGAAAAAUUAAAAAGUACAUCGAAAACUAUGGCUUCAAAUUACGAAGAUACAUUAGCUAAAAAUAAACAAGAAGAAUUAAUGCCUUGGCAAACAACAAAACUAUUAAAAUCUCGAGUUGACCAAAAUCAAUCGAUACCAGAUCCCUCGGAGUCUUCGGUACACGGAAAAGAAGUUCACGUUGCAAAACAACAACAAACUCAAAAAGAAGUACAAGGCAAUAAAGAAAUACAUAGAAAAAUAACUGCCACCGAAACGACUGAAAUGGAACAUAUGCAAAAGAAUCAAGAAAGAAUGAUCCAAGGAAAAGUCGAACCAUCAAAGCCGCCAAUAUUUACGAAAAAAAUGCAACCAUGCCGAGCAUUCGAACAAGAUCAAGCUCGUUUCGAGGUCGAGUUUGACGGUGAACCGAUACCGACAAUAAAGUGGUAUAGAGAAGAUUUUUUGAUUCAAAACUCGCCAGAUUUCCAAAUACACACGUUUAGCACAAAGUCGAUUCUAGUCAUUAGACAAGUUUUCAUGGAAGACUCCGGUGUAUUCGCCGCAAUCGCAGAGAACCGAGGCGGUAAGGCGAAGUGCAGUGCUAAUCUACUUGUCGAAGAACGCAAAUUGGCCGGCAGGAAAGGACCAGGCCCACCAAGUUUUCUCUCCACGAUGCAGGGAUCGGUUGUGAAGGCCGGUCAACUGGCUAGAUUCGACGUGAAGAUCAGUGCCAACAAACCACUAGACGUGUACUGGCUAAAGAACGGAAAGAAAAUCACACAGGACAUUCGUUACAAAACCGUAGACGAAGACAAUCAAUACACGCUCUUGAUCAUCGAAACAGUCACCGAAGACAGCGGCACAUACGAGUGCGUGGCCAUCAACAAUUCCGGGGAAGCGAGGUGUGAAGCUUCAUUAGUGGUACAACCCUUGGAACAAAAGGAUAAGCCUAAAUCGAAGCCCAGUGGUAACGAACAGGCACCGACAAUCACUCAACCGUUGUCCGGGCAGGUGAUCCACGAGGGACAGCCGGUGACGUUCAGUUGCAAGAUAUCUGGCAAACCACCAAUAACCGUUAAGUGGCAAAAGGGCGACAAAGUGAUUAAACCGUCGAAAUAUUUCCGUAUGGCGCAAGAUGGAGAAACCGUUUCACUGCAUAUAUCUGAGGUGUUCCCAGAAGAUGAAGGCACGUAUAAAUGCCUUGUAUCGAACGCCGGUGGCCAGGCGGUGUUGUCGGCUAAUUUGAAAGUCAUUGUUCCUGAAAAUCAAGAUGUAGCACCCACACUGAGCCAGAUGAGCGACGUAGUUGUCAUCGAAGGAAAUUCAGCUCAGUUCCGUACACAAGUAUCGGGUCAACCAUCACCAACCGUACAAUGGUUCAGAGAAGGAAUACUUAUACCCCAAACACCAGACUUUAAGAUGUUGUACGAAGGAAAUUUGGCCGUGCUCUUGAUAACAUCGACUUACGAAGAAGAUUCUGGUAUUUUCACGUGCUGUGCAACAAAUAGCGCUGGACAAGUUGAAACAUCGGCCAAACUUACAGUGAAAAAUUCUGAAGAGGUUGGAGAAGCUCCAACUUUUAUAGAACCUAUUAAACCAAGAAAAGUCAAAGCAAGAAAAUCUAUUGAAUUGAGAUGUGUUGUGAGAGGAAUUCCUACACCCGAAAUUAUUUGGUGCCGUGAGAAUGAAGAAAUCAUUUCGGAUGAUAGCGAUUAUGUUUCUACAUUUGAUUCUAAAACAGGAGAAGCAAUUUUAACCAUAGUUAAGCCUAUGGAUGUAGAUAAAUCUACAUAUCUGGCCAGAGCAAUCAAUAUUCAUGGAAAAUCCGAAUGCAUGGCACAUAUUACAUUUGAAAAAGAAGAAUAUGGAGAGGCACCAAAGUUUUUGGAACGAUUGAAGCCAAAAGUUGUGAAAGCCAAUGAAACAACUGAACUCACAUGCUUAGUGAAAGGCAUACCAAUACCAACUGUUGUUUGGUGUCGCGACGAAGAAGAAAUCAUUCCUGACGAAACACAUUUGUUAAUUUAUAUUCCCGAAACCGGAGAAUCCAAACUGAUAAUAGUACACCCUGAUGACAUCGACGAAUCAACGUACACAGUUAACGCAACAAAUAAAUUUGGAAAAGCAGAGUGUAGAGCGAAUUUAAUAGUUCAAAAAGAUGAACUUGGAGAAGCACCUACCUUUUUGCAACCAGUGAAGCCAAAAAUAGCUAAAGCAAAUGAAAUAACCGAGUUGAAAUGUACUGUCAGAGGUAUGCCGAACCCACUGGUUAUUUGGUGUCGUGGAAAUGAGGAAAUCACUCCCGAUGAAAGCCAUUUGAUUACAUAUCACCCAGAAACCGGUGAAUCGAUCUUGACGAUUUUAAACCCGUCCGAAAUUGAUGAGACUAUUUAUACCGUAAACGCUGUGAAUAAAUUUGGCCAAGCUCAAUGCCGAGCAAAUCUCAUUAUACAAAAAGAUGAAUCGGGUGAAGCACCUAAAUUUGUUAAACCAAUUAAACCUAAGAUUGCUAAAGCAAAUGCGACAACUGAGUUAAAUUGUAUGGUCAAAGGAGUUCCAACACCAACGGUCAUUUGGUUUAGAGGAGAAGAAGAAAUAAUCCCAGAUAAUACUCAUACAAUAACAUUUAUACCGGAAACGGGCGAGUCUAAACUUGUUAUUGCAAACGCAACAGUAGUUGAUCAGAACACAUACACAGUUAAAGCAACAAAUACUUAUGGCAGAGCUCAGUGCCGUGCUAAUAUAAUAAUACAAGAAGAAGUUUUCGGUGAAGCUCCGACAUUUGUUGAGCCCAUUAAACCUGUACUGGCAAAACCAGACCAAACAACGGUUUUACGGUGUUUAGUGGCUGGUACUCCGACUCCAACUGUUGUUUGGUGCCGCGGAAAAGAAGAGAUUGUUCCCGACAACAGUCAUACAAUUCAGUUUACUCCAGAAACUGGAGAAUCCACAUUAACAAUUGUAAAACCGACAACAAUUGACGAAGCGCAUUAUUCAGUCGAAGCAACAAACAAAUUUGGAAGAGCGAGAUGCAGAGCUAAUUUGGUGCUAGAACAAUACGACACUGGCGUUGCUCCAGCGUUCAUUGUUCCGAUUAAACCAAAAGCUGUCAAACCUGCAGAAACUGUAGAAUUACGGUGCGUGGUUAGUGGGACACCUAUACCCACCGUUGUAUGGUGUCGUGGUGAUGAAGAAAUCGUGCCCGACGAGAGUCAUCUCAUAUUGUAUUUGCCAGAAACAGGCGAGUCUAAACUUACAAUCAGAAAGGCCACCGAGUCGGAUGUAAAUGAUUAUACAGUAAAAGCCGUCAAUAAUUUCGGCGUGGCCCAGUGCAAAGCAAAUAUAUUAAUAGAUGAGUUUCCUGAAGAAUUACCGGAAUUGACGGAGGAGGCUCCAUCCAUUGUGAAACCUUUACAACCUGUGCUGGCGGAAAAAGAUUCGAACGUCAUUUUAGAUGUACACUUCAGGGGUACGCCCGAGUUGAAAGUGCGAUGGUUCCAUAACGGUAAGGACAUAACCGACAAGAAAACGUUGGUACGCACCAUCACCAUAGAGGAAACAACGACGACAAUAAUUAUAAAGAAAAUAACUAAGAAAACUACUGGUCGAUAUGAAGUUGUGGUUUCCAACAAACGAGGAGAAGCAAAAACGUCGACCACUGUGAUGAUUAAAGAUGAAGAGGACAUAGAGGAGAUGAAAAAACCGGAGAAGUCAGGAAAAUCACCAUAUUUUGAAACGGACUUGCAUACGGAAACAAUAUGGGAGGAAGAAGAAGAGGAAAUUGUCAAACGACUUGUGGUUAGAGUGAAGGGUAAUCCCAAGCCCUCCAUUCGUUGGUACGAAAACGGGGUAGAAAUAGUGCCAAAUGAAGUGUUCGAGAUAGAAGAGCAAGACGAAGAAGUGUCUGUGUUAACCAUGAAGAAAAGACCAACGGAAAACGCUUGUGAAAUCACGUGCGAGGCGGUUAAUGAAUAUGGGACAGCAAUCACCAAGACUCUAGUCGUCCCAGGUAUCAAAGGCACGAAGGCGUACAGGAAACCAUCGUGGGUAACGCAGAUGGAAGAGUUGCGGGAACAGUUACAAGGUAAAUGCAAUGUGGACAGUUUAGAUGCUUGUUGUGGUGUGUACAGCCCGGAACCGGAGGACGACCCCGCCGGAUACGGUACGUACUUUCCCGAUUACGACGUGAAGAGCACGUUCUACCUGAGCCCCAUACAAGAGCAUAGCGAACCGUCGUCGUCCGAAGGCGGCUCGGACCGCGUUAGGUCGUUGUCCUGUCACGAGGUGUCCUGCUCGGCAGGCCGCAGGGACGACGACCCGGCCGGCCGAAGCCAGACAUACCCUAGGUCGCACGCGGACGAGACGGUCGCGCAGUACAAUCGGCGCAAGUACACUGGCCACCCUCUGGAACCCCGCGAACUCGACCCGGAAAUGUUCUUCCAACUACACACGGCCGACAGCCAAGAGGAACUCCAGGAGUUUUUAUUGCUGGAGAGCCAGUGCAUGUCCACAGACGGUGGUGGGCUGCACGCGGCGUUCAUCGAAAAACCGAAAAAAUGAACAUAAUCGAUGAUUCGCUAAUCGCAUCGAUCGUUCACGUGAAAACCUUUUACCCCAAAUUGUCAUCACACCUAAGCUAAUCAAAGAACCGAAACAGUUUGUACUAAACACGCAUGUGUGUGUGUGUGAUAAUUAAAAAUACUCAAUUACAAAUGCCAUCAAUGAUAACAUUGUGUUAAAAUAAUGUGUGUGUGUGUGUGUGUGUGUUGCAUGCACCACUAAAAAAAAAUCACACGAAUUCAUUUUGUCUGUAAAACUGUAUCGCUUGAUUUACACGAUUGCGGCCCGGUCGAUAUCUAUUCUCAAUAUUUUGAUUUAUCCAAUAGUGCCGGGAGUCGUUUAAAUAAAUAAUCAAAAUAUUGAUUAUCGAACGACGUGCCAUACUCGCACUGUUAUUGUAACACUUAAAAUUUAACAAAAUCAAACAAAAUGAAUCGUGUGCAUUUGUGCAUUGCAGACUUGUGUAAAAUACUUUUUAAAAGUAUUUAGAAUAAAUACUCGAAUACUUACAAAAAAUAAUAUUCCGAAUAUGUAUU